AGAACACGGGAAGACUCGGACAUGCUGCUUUUUGUCGUUUAUCUUAUAAUUUGUAAUAUCAUACUUACGUUUGCUCAAUGGGAAUUUUGUGAUUGUCUUAAUAAUUGGGAGCCUUGGUCAGAUUGUGUUUUUCCUUUAAGCGGCUCUUGCAUCGCAGAUUCCCGCCUGUCAAGGCGCAAAAGAAGUUUUGAAAAUAUUCCAACCUGUCCUGCAUGUGAGCCGGAAUAUAGGGAAUGUGAGAACCCGUGUAAGAAUGCCGCCUUGAAUUUUGAUCAUCUGAUGUGUUACUGUCUUCAAGGAUAUACUGGAGAGUGUUGUGAACAUAAUGUUACCUGUGAAAGGCCUCAAGAAAUCGACCACGGAAGCUACAAAAACAAACUUGACUUCUACGUUUAUCAAAGUGAUAUAACCUACUCUUGUGAUACUGGUUAUAAAAUGACCGACCCAUUAGAUGCAUGGAAGUGGUGCACUGAGACAGGACAGUGGUCUGGAAUAUUACCGGAGUGCUUAUAUGCCGAGUCGUGUAAAAGCAACCCUUGUGAGAAUGAUGGAACAUGCACAAACCUCCUUGGAAACUAUACUUGUUCCUGUACAACUGGUUGGUCUGGGAAACGAUGUGAUAUAGAUGCCGAUUUGUGUAAAAGCAACCCUUGUGAGAAUGAUGGAACAUGCACAAACCUCCUUGGAAACUAUAAUUGUUCCUGUAUAACUGGUUGGUCUGGGAAACGAUGUGAUACAGCUGUUACUUGUGGACGACCUCGGGAAAUCACAAACGGAAGAUACCACAGCAAUUUCGACAAUUACGUAUAUCAAAGUGAGAUAACUUAUACAUGUGAUCAAGGUUAUAAUAUGACCGACCCGUCUGACGCAAAGAACUGGUGUUUAGGGAAUGGAUAUUGGUCUGGGAAGUUACCGGAAUGUUUGUAUGCUGAGUCGUGUAAAAGCAACCCAUGUGAAAAUGAUGGAACAUGCACAAACCUCCUUGGAAACUAUACUUGUUCCUGUACAACUGGUUGGUCCGGGAAACGGUGUGAUACAGCUGUUACUUGUGGACGACCUCGGGAAAUCACAAACGGAAGAUACCACAGCAAUUUCGACAAUUACGUAUAUCAAAGUGAGAUAACUUAUACAUGUGAUCAAGGUUAUAAUAUGACCGACCCGUCUGACGCAAAGAACUGGUGUUUAGGGAAUGGAUAUUGGUCUGAGAAGUUACCGGAGUGUUUGUAUGCUGAGUCGUGUGAGAGCAACCCAUGUCAUAAUAAUGGAACAUGUACAAAUCUCCUUGGAAACUACACAUGCGCUUGUGCAACCGGUUGGUCAGGAAAACAUUGUAGUAAAGUUGAGGAUGUACAAAGAGGGGACUUAGAAUGGCAAAAUUCCUCUUAUACGGUCGCAGUUGUUGGGGGAGCGCUUGGCACAUUUUGUUUUGCUCUAAUCAUAGCUCUUAUUGUUGUCAUCGUAAGAAGGCGGAGAAAGAGCGACGUGUCUCAGCAAGAUGAAUACACGACUCCAAAUUUUACCACAGUUGAAACAGAAGGAUACAGUACCAUUGACAUUUCACGUGAUACUGCAUCAGGGCAGAAUAACAACACGUAUGAAAAUGAAAGGAUCUUGCCAUUUUAAGCCCUCCGGAGAAGGCCGGUACAUGGAUUGUGCUUUGUGACAUUCACAUUUGUCGAAACAUAAUAUUCUCACUGAUUCCUGAUAUCAACAAACUAUCAAAUUUAAAACAAUGUAGUGUUAUAGGGUAUAACGGAUCUUUGGGUAUAGUGAAUAGAUGGAUACUUUGUACAUUUAAACUUACAUUAUCGUAGAAAGUUUCAUUUCUUCUUUCGAUGUAUUUCAAAGAUCUUGUACUCACUAAAUUAGUAUGUGUGUAAAAUAACAACAGUGAGUUAAAUGCAUUUGACAAAAAAAAAUGAGCAGGCUGUUUUGAAAAAAGUGUACAUAUUUCUUCUGUUCUAUAGUAAUUUUUCGCGGAUGUUUUUUUUUUAAACUAGAAUUGUGUCCAUUGGACACGGAUUUCCCCACAUACUGUGCCAUCCUCUAAACAGCAAAGUUUUUUGUACAAACCAUCUUCACAUGAAGGAUUAUCGACUUAAAGUUUGAAGAAAAUUGUAUUUACUAAUAGAUAAGGUUGAGCAUCUGAGAAACUUUGAAUUCAUUCAUUCAACGCACCAAAUUUCUUCACUAUGGCAUAUUUUGUGAAGUUAAGAAAGGGCCAUAAUUCUAGAAAGAAAUAGCCACAGAAAAAAAAUCCAUUAUUUAUUGUCAUCUUCACACGAAGGUCCUUCAUCAGUAAAACUUUCAAGCAUAUCUUUUCAAUAGUGUUUGAGGAGUUGGAAACACAAGAUUUUCUUUAUAUUCUAUAUAGCAAAACUAUGAAAGGGCCAUAACUGCGGUAAAAAUAGUCACAGCAAAAGUUCCUUCCUGUUUGAUCAGUUUCACAUCAAACUACUAGUUCAUCAAUGAAAGUUUAAAGCAAAUCAGGCUUAUAGUGUGGGAGGAGUUGGACAUACAAGCGUUUUCUCGUAGCAAAACUAUCAAAGGGCCAUAACUGCAGUAAAAAUAGACACAGAAAUAAGUUCUUCCUUUAUGGUCAUCUGCACAUCAAGCUUGUUCACCUGUGAAAGUGUGAAAGUUUGAAGCAAAUCAGGCUAAUAGUGUGGGAGGAGUUUGACACACAAUAUUUCGAGACGUACACACGUACGUACGGACGGACGUACUGGCAGCAGCAACGCUAUAUGCUCCUGGUAAUAAUCGGUAUGCCCAUCGGUAAUAAUUAUUAGUUACCAUGGAAACAGGACUGCAAAUAACUGUCAAAGCAGUAAGUAUGAUUGGUUACCAUGGAAACAAAACUGAAAGCAACAAUCACAGCAGUAAGCAUGAUUUCAACAUACAGAGAAGCAUCAAGAUCCAAAAGUAGAAAAAAUAUUUUCAUAGGAACAACAAAUCUUUCCCCAUUAUUUUUAUUGCAUUUGAUUUUGACCAACCUUAAUGAAAUUCACAUUUAGUCAGGAAAUAUAUUUGAUGUUUUAAUGAAUUAUAGAUAACAUUCACUUAUAAAAAAGAUUGUUUUUUUUUUUUUGUAAUCUUCCAUACCGACAGUUUUACCAAUUUAAAUCUUAUACAGGAAAAUAAAAAAAAAUGAUGCAGUUAAUGUUAUAUGGCAAAAGAUACUAGUAUGAUUAUUUCAGAUACUACAGAGAACAGUGUUUUUACUAUUAAUUUCUUUAUGAAUCAAGUACAUAUAAAACAUAAUUACACACUUUUGGUAAUUUCAGAGAAAGUUAAUCGUACCUCCUUACUAGGCUUUGACUGACGGAUUUAAGGUAUUCUGCACAUUUGGUUCAAUACGUUUUCUACAACGUAGAAUUUUAUCAAACUCUGAUAUUUCAAAAUUUCAGAAUGCAUGUAUAAAAUAGAUAGAAUCGUGUGCUUGACAUUUUCUAGACUGGUUGGAAACAAUCGGAUAUAACAACGGGUGUCUAUGGGAAAUCAUAAUUUGAUAAAGUUUUCACAAGAAGAUUUUUUCUACAAUAAAGAUAUGUUCUAUA